AUGGCUACUAUUAGUCAUACUUCACCAUAUUACCAGAGACCUUCUCCCUAUAUCAGGACAUCGUCUCAAACACCUUUGACACCGUCUGCUCUGUCAUACACCUCAUACACGACACCUUCACCUCAAAUCCCGAAUUUCCCUACUGCAUCGACAUCGAACACACCAAUGAAGAGACCGUUGCCUCCGGAUGCACCGGGUCAUUACCCUCCUCCUCCAGAGAGGAAAUUCAGUACCGACUCCUCUCAUCAUCAGGACUCUACCGGAGGACAGAAAAAGAAAAGAAUAAGCCUGAGUUGUGCUCAAUGUGCAAAACGUAAACAGAAGUGUAAUCGAGAAUUUCCAUGUAAUCAUUGUGUUGCUCGGAAAGUACCUGAACUUUGUGUACCCUACAAUCCUCAAGCCAAUAAUAACAAUAGUUCCGGACCAGAUCCUCAUACGGCGCAAAGGCUUGAUAGCAUCGAAGCCGUACUAUCGGUAGUUGUAAGACAUACAGGUGGUAUCGCUCAAUACGAUGCGAUUCGAGAUUGGAUCUCAUCAUCUACAUUUCAAAAGCAUCUAGCUUCAGCUCCCUCGACACCAUCCUCUCCUCAUCAUUUCCUCUCCCAUAGUGGGUCCGCUGGACCAUCUGGCUCGAGACCCACCCCCAACGGCUUUGAAGGAAAUCAGGCGGAAUUGGAAAGAGGCGCAAGUUCUGAUGAAGAUGGUUUGGCCAAAGUCGGGAAAGGAUGGUUGGGAGAAUUGGAAGGCGGACUUCCCGAGACUAUGAACAUCAAUGAUAAAGUGAAGAUGAAGCUUGACAUCCACGGCACACCCGCUGAGAAUCUUCAAAGACUGAUAACCGAUUGUGGAGUCAGUCCUCAUAAGGUGGCGGAACUAGUACAAGAGCUACCACCGAAGCAUUUCGCGGAUCGAAUCGUCGAUUGGUUUUUCGAUAAAUUGAAUUUUGUCCGAUAUCCAAUUGACGAGCGAUCGUUCCGAGCGUCAUACGAGGAUCUGUACAAUAGGUCGACGGCGGUCGAUCCAUCGAACGUACGAGCUUUACCUCUUGUGUUUAUCGUCUUGGCUCUUGCGGUUAGGCAAGCACCUGACGAAUGGGCAGGCGAUGAGGAAACCAGAAAGUUGUCCAGUCUAAGGAUGUACUGGAGUUCGAGACGGAGUAUUCUUAUUGCUACUGCAGUUCAAUCGGAAAGUGUGGAAUUGGUCAUCACUCGACUACUUAGUGCAAUGUACCUGGUCUUGAUACAUGAUCGACGACUUACUGAAUGUUGGUCACAGCUUGGGGCUUCGCUCAGAACAGCACAAGCGAUCGGUCUUCAUCGUGAUGGAACGAAACUCGGUCUAGAUCCUUUCCAAACGGAAUAUCGCAGACGCUUGUGGAGUUAUUUGUAUCAUGCCGACAAGCUUUACAGUCUUGUGCUCGGUCGUCCACCCAGUAUCUCAGAUAGCUAUACCGAUACACAACCACCUUCAAACAUUGAUCUGACAGAGUACAACCCCGCACUUGGUCUUCCACCACCACGACCUUUCAACGAGCCGACUCCGGCACUCUUCCUUAUCCUGCGUAAGCGUUUAGCAGGAAUCAUAGGCAAAGUCGUCCACCACUUCCAGAAACUUAAUGAGCCUGCUCAAUACUCCGAUGUAGAGAGACUGCAGCAGGAUUUAGAUGCCUUCGUUGAUCAGCUACCACCCCAUUUCCGGAUGCAUGAUCCUGAUAAGUCCCUUGAUCAAGUGCACUUUUGGCUACCUGUGCACAGGCUUAUGUUAUUAACGGAGGUUCUAGUAACCACCAUAAUCUUGCAUCGACCCUGGCUUCUACGAAAACUGUCGAGCGAUCGCUACGCCGCUUCUCGAACGGCUUGUUUCGAAGCUGCCAAGCUGGAUUUCCACAUCAGACAGGAGUUCCAACGAGAUGUACCAGACUUCCGAUUCCAUGCGAUAACAGGACAAUUCAAGAUGUUCAAUAGCGCUAUGAUCGCAGGUAUAAGUGCAAUAAUUGAUCCUAGAGGAGCAGAUGCUGAUCAGAUGAGACGCAUACUCACUACUUUCCUCGAGCAGAAUCCAUGGCACGAGGUGGCAAGUAAGGACGCUACCACGCGCAAGGAGGUCCAAAUUAUUCAAACACUUUCUCGACGAGCAGCUCAGAUAUUCGAAGAUUCUUUCGGCCCAGGAGAGCUCAACACUCACGACAAAGAUUCUGUGGCACUCUUAUUAGCUCUCAGACAAAGCAACGAUUCCUCAACUCAUGCUAACGCCUAUCCUCGAGGCGUACAACCGAGAGAGGACGCUCCAACUCCCGGUGGACCUGGCAAUAAUCAGUUUAGUAGACCUAUGGCGCCACCUCGAACCUGGGGUAACAUUGCUGGUGGAGGGGUACAAUUCGCACCUGUCCAUCAUGGUGGUAUCACCCAGAGUCCUGCUUCUACUGGUAGUCAUGAGGAUGAUCAUUCACAGAAAUUGCUCGAUCACUGGAUCAAUGCCAAUACAUCCAUGGCAGUAGGCUCGAUCAAUGGUGCUGUACCGGCAAUCGACCCCAUAGGCGGUAUGGGCUAUCUCCCUAUUCCUUCGAUGUCAACCCCUACCGCCGCACCAGGAGGACUGAACAACAUGUCUCUUGGUCCUGGACCAGGUCUGGCGCCCACACCGGGAUCUAUGCCAGGUUAUAACAAUCAAUUUGUCGAAGAUACCCCUUCCUCCACCGUAGGAUUCAUCGGACCUCCAGGUGAAUUUGGAUAUCCCAAUCAAUUUGGCUUGAUGGGUGGUGUAGGUGAUGUCGUGAUGGGCAACGCACCUCUACCGGGUGGCAUACCGAUAGAGCCCGGAGCGGAGAAUAGUGAUGAAUAUUGGAAUACCCUCAUUGAUGGGAUUUUGGGAACAACAUCGAACGUGCAACCAAAUAGUGCGCCGUGA